AUGGCAGGAGGUAGCAUUUUUGGUGGCUGUUUGGUGACGGGUGGGAGGUGCACAGGCAAAGCAGAGCAGGCCACUUGGCAGUCACAAAGGGCUGGACGUCGGGUUCCAAAGCACCUGGGUUGUAUUCGCGGGAAUUGCUGCGGCUGCCCAGGCAAGCGCGAGGCAUACGGGCGAGUAGAAAGGAGCAUCACCGGGCGCAUCAAGUCAUAUUUCCAGGAGACUAGGUGGGCAGGGACGAAGGCGAGGAAUGCGGAUGGGUAUAAGUUGUGGUACUCUGGAGUCGUGAGGGGUAAGAAUAGAGUGGGUAUCUUGGUGGAUAGGGAUCUUAGAGAGUCUGUGGUUGAGGUUAGGCGAGUGAAUGAUAGGCUAAUGUUUAUUAAGCUGGUGAUCGGUGAGUGCACCCUCAAUGUCGUUAGCGCCUACGCGCCGCAAGCGGGCUUGGAUGAGGAGGUUAAGAGGCGCUUUUGGGAGGGCUUGGACGAGAUUGUGCGUAGUAUUCCACCUACUGAAAGGCUAUUUAUUGGAGGGGAUUUUACUGCUAAUAGUUAUGGCGAGGUGCAUGGUGGCUUUGGCUUUGGGGAUAGGAAUGGAGGAGGUACUUCGCUGUUAGACUUCGCUAAGGCUUUCGAGCUGGUGAUUGCGAACUCGACUUUUCCGAAGAGGGAGGAGCAUCUGGUUACUUUCCGGAGUUCGGCGGUGAAGACUCAGAUCGAUUACCUUCUCCUCAGAAGGUGUGAUAGAGGGUUGUGCAAGGAUUGCAAGGUUAUCCCGGGAGAGACCCUCGCGACUCAGCAUAGGCUCUUAGUGAUGGACAUCGGCAUUAUGAUGAAGAGGAAGAAGAGGUAUGCUCGUGGCCGACCGAGGAUUAGAUGGGGAGCUUUAACCAAGGACAAAGCCCAGGAGUUGGAGGGGAGGUUAUCCGCUAUGGGAUCUUGGAGGAGAAGUGGAGACGCGAGCACUAUGUGGUCGACGAUGGCGAACUAUGUGAGGGAGGCGGCGAGAGAGGUGCUAGGUGUAUCGAAGGGUUUUUCUGGCAGGCCUCAAGGAGACUGGUGGUGGAAUGACACAGUCCAAGGUAAAGUGGAGGCGAAGAAGGUAGCGUACGCGAAGUUAGCAGGGAGCACAAGCGAGGAGGAGAGGAGUGCGAAUAGAGAGAGUAGUAUCAGAGUGAUCCUUUCCUUGGCAACAAUGAUAAAAGGAACGGCAAGAGUCACUGAAAAUUCACUAUCAGAAGUAGGUGAAUUGCGUGAAUUGAUGCAAAAGAUGAUUUCAGAGAUCGGAACUUUAGCAGAGGAGGUUUCUAACCUCAAAAAGUUAGAUCAAAUUGUACUUGAGUUGCAAGAGCAAGUGACAACUGCUACUGGUCAACGAAGGGAAAAACACCAUUAG